AUGGAGACCGGAAACAACCACACCAAGCCAGUGUUUCUCCUAUCCAAAGCGUCCCCACUAAGCGCAGAUGAGUCAGCCAGUUUCUCCAAACUCGCCACCACCCACAACCACAGCGCUCUCUCCUCUCGCUUCUCAGCCUUCUGUGCGUCCGCCAACCUCCUCUGCUUCCCUGAUUCUUCAUUACAGACUCACACAGAUGCUGGCUGUGUUUUCAGUUACAUGUGUUCUUUCACUUACAACAACGAUAAGAGAUCCUACACCAUCGGUAUAUUCUUUUGGGAGUCGAUGUUAAAGAAAGGGACGGUGAUGCCAAUGCCGGACAUUCAAGAUAAAUUGCCAGAAAGGUCUUUUUUGCCGCGGUCCAUUUUGUCCAAACUGCAGUUUUCUACGUCCAAAAUCUCUGAGCUAAAGCAGGUUUUUCAUGCGAGUGAUAAUUCCACCAUGGAGACUAUGAUAGUUGAGACCUUAAGUGAUUGCAAGAAAGCUCCUAGCCCAGGCGAGACCAAGCGGUGCGUGGGCUCAGCUGAGGACAUGAUCGACUUUGCAAUCUCGGUCUUGGGUAGUCGAAACGUUGCCAUUCGAACAACCAAGAAUGUAAACGGGUCAAAGCAGAGUAUAAUGAUCGGGUCCGUCAAAGGAAUCAACGGUGGGAAAGUCAUGCAGCAAUCAAUGACUUGUCAUCAGAGGUUGUUUUCGUACCUAGUAUAUUCCUGCCAUUCAGUUCCAAAGGUUCGAGCCUACAAAGCGGAUAUACUGGAUCCAAAUUCGAAGGCUAAGAUCAAUCAUGGUGUUGCCAUUUGUCACUUGAACACCUCGAGUUGGGACCCGAAUCAUGAAGCUUUCUUCGAGCUAGGGUCAGGUCCAGGUCGGAUCGAGGUUUGCCAUUGGAUUUUCGAAAAUGAUCUGACUUGGACAGUUGCUGACUAACCGUUAGCACACCAAGGUGGUAAGAAAAACAGCAAGUUGAUUUA